AUGUAUGUGAAAUGGUUUGAUACAGUAAUGUUAUACUAUGUAAUUUUAGUGAAUGUCACUUUUUGUCAUUUUCAAAUUUCCCGCCGUUCCACCCCGUACAUCCCGACGUCGCAGGGGACGGAACCCAGAAGACAGAUGCCGGCAUCCGCCGGAGGACAUUACAGGGGACACUGCAGGAGGGACAUCACGGGAGCGCAGGACAAGGUAAGAGAAGAACAGAUCCCGGAGCAGCAACGCAUGGUAAGCUUGAGUGUAGCUCGGGGUUACCGCUUGCGCUACACUCAGGAAUACCGCCAGGGAGACUACACU